UUUUAGAUAAUGAAUUUUCUGCCUUUUUCAUUAUUUCAUAAUGCGAAAUUAAACUAAAUAAUUCUCGCUGUGAACUUGAUAUAGUGUAUUUUCGCCGUUAGACGACAAUAUCAAGAUUAACAAUUAGUUAUCGCGUGCGUUUAUUUUAUCCACAAUGACGAUCGAAGGAAAUAAAGAUGAAGCUGCUAAAUGCAUAGAGAUAGCACAAAAUGCAUUUUCCGCAGGUAACAUAGAGAAAGCGGAGAAAUUUUUAUUGAAAGCAGAAAGACUGUAUCCUACUACUCGCGCAAAAGAGCUUUUGGCGAGGGUAAGAGCGUCGCCGUCAUCUGGAAAUGCCUCUAAACGGACUCCUCCAAGUAGCCCUGGUGUAGAAGAAGUUAGAAGGAGAAAACCGCCUGCCCAUCAACCUCCCCAGCGGGAAUAUACCUCGGAACAGCUAGACGCAGUUAAAAGGAUCAAUACGAAAUGCAAGGACUAUUAUGAAAUCUUAGGAGUGACUAAAGAGGCCACGGAUUCAGACAUCAAAAAAGCAUACAAAAAGCUUGCAUUACAACUCCAUCCAGAUAAGAACCAUGCACCGGGAUCAGCUGAAGCAUUCAAGGCAAUCGGAAACGCGGCCGCCAUUCUGACGGACCCGGAGAAAAGGAAGCAGUACGACCUACGCGGCGAAGAGGUAACACACACCCACCAGCAGCAGUACUACGCUCGUGGGUUCGAGUCCGACCUGACUGCCGAGGAGUUGUUCAACAUGUUCUUUGGAGCUACCGGUCAAUAUUACGCGUUCCCAGGCGGUGGGCCUACUGUGUACACCAGGAGACGACGGACAGAGCCUGAACCACGUGAGGCUCACGCGGGUCUGGUCCAACUGCUGCCCGUAUUGGUCCUAGUCCUAUUGUCUAUGAUGUCGGGCUUCUUCAUCAGCGAACCUGUGUUCAGUCUAGCGCCCAACUCUAAAUAUCCUGUGCCCAGGGAGACUGUGAAUUUGAAGGUUCCGUAUUACGUGAAGGAGAAUUUCCACACAGACUAUCAGGGUUCCCUGCGACGACUUGAGAUGUCCAUAGAGGAGGAAUAUAUAGUGGGUCUACGGCAUGCGUGUCAACGCGAGCGAAACUAUCGCGAUAGUAUGGCGUGGAAGGCGCGCAACUUUGGCGAUUCGCGACAAUACGCCGAGGCGCAGAAAUUGCGCACGCCCAGCUGUGACAAGCUUCAAUCACUUCACCGAUAGAUGGAAUCGUUUCAACGCUUAGUUACUUACAUCCUCAUCCGUUAGAUGGCGCCGAUUUUAAGUUUUUUGAUGCGAAGCAAUAAUAUAUCAAACUACUCAAUUGCUUUCCUGGAAAUCGUAUUAGCGUUUAAGAUCGAAUGGCAAUGGUUUAUAUACAUAAAUAAAGGUAUUUUGUAGAAUUAAAUUAAACCAAAACUAUUAACCACAUAAGCUGCAUCU